CUAAAGUGGGAUGUAGACGAGGCCUCCUUAGUCGAAAAAUACGUGGCCUUCCAGCGCAACGCAAAGCUACCCGAUUUAGUUGAACACAAGCAUGUUGAGCUUUUCGACAGAGAAUCAGAUCUCCGCUCGAUUGGAGAGCUCCAGACACAGGACUCCCAAAAACAUACCGACCGCGCUUCCAAAGGUGAACAUUCUACCUCAGAAAAUGCUGGAAGAGCUAACAUCUCUUUGGAGGCCAAUGCAAGCAACGAGCCAAUCUGUACUUACCUGUCAAGCGCCGGAAGUACAGAGACGUUUUCUGCGAAGGAACGCGUCCCUUCUGCUGAAUGGACUAUCAGCGACAUAGACCCUUUCCAUGCACCGGUUAGAUACAUGCACCAACCGACCCUUGAGAAAGCAGAAAUCUUGGACAACUGGACUUGGGAACUGAUUAAACGUGCAAUGAAUAACCUACCCGACGAAUCUUUAAUCACACCGAACCCCGACCCUAUUUCGGAUUCACAACCGAGUGGAAGGGUCAAUCCUAACGGCCUAUUCAUCCGCACUCCGAUCAAGAUGAGCUCUUCCCAGGCCGUCUAUAGCAAGCCAGAACCUAUGGACCGUGUUACUCUUCUUCGUCCCACCUGCGUCCGUCUGCAGUCUCCUCAUCUAGUUGGCGGACGAAUUGCUGCUCAAAUUAGCACAGUCUCCGCGACGCAGCUUGCAGAUAAGACUAACGGAAACUUCGGAAGCUAUUCUGAAUUGGCCAAACAACGCCUCCAGUCCAACAACGUUGGCCUCGUAGGGCUACGACAAGUCAGUGGUGUGCAGUCGAGUAUGGAAGGCGUCACCCGACUAGAGUUCCCUCUUUCUGACCGAUCUAUUAGCUUUUCUCUUUAUGCUGGACAGCCGGUAGUAGUACGAGCAUCGAACCCAACGGGACAACUGCUGUGCGUUACCGAUGUGUUUUCGCAUGACAUCAACACCGAUGCUUCGCUUUCGUACAACCAUGGUUUGUUUGAAAGCUUUAUUGUGAAAAGAACAAAGAUGAACGAGGAAGAGACUUUGUGC